GACACUAGUCAAUCUAUUACAGACGUCCAGUACAUAUUGUGGGAUCUCCUGCUGUGAGCCACAAUUAACAUUCCCCCAGGCACGGUGCACUGUCCCAUUACUGCAGCUCUACAGUGUUUGACAGAUCAUGAAGUUAAAACUCCCCAACCCAGGCCUGGAGGACAGGAUACUGUCCCAUCAGCAACUGGACAAACUGGAGGAAGAAGAAGUGGGAGACAGACCGAAAUGGGACAACAAGGCCCAGUACAUGCUGACAUGUGUCGGGUUCUGUGUGGGACUUGGAAAUGUCUGGCGGUUUCCAUACCUGUGUCAGAGUCACGGAGGAGGUGCAUUUAUGAUCCCGUUUCUGAUCCUGCUGGUUCUUGAAGGAAUCCCACUUCUGCAUCUUGAGUUUGCCAUCGGUCAGCGUAUAAGGAGAGGCGGUUUGGGAGUGUGGGCUACGAUUCAUCCCUAUCUGACUGGCAUUGGUGUUGCAUCCAUGUGCGUCUCGCUGACCAUCAGUCUCUACUACAACACCAUCAUCGCCUGGAUCAUGUGGUACUUCUUCAACUCAUUCCAAGAGCCUCUGCCCUGGAGUCAGUGUCCCAUGAAUGCUAAUUUAACAGGCUUUGUGUCAGAGUGUGAGAGGAGCUCCUCUGUGGAUUAUUUCUGGUACAGAGAGACCCUGAACACAACACCAGUAAUAGAAGAUGAUGGCGGUCUGCAGUGGUGGAUUCUGUUAUGUCACAUCUGUGCGUGGUCUCUGCUCUAUAUCUGCAUCAUUCGUGGUAUAGAGACCACUGGAAAGGCUGUGUAUGUGACUUCUACCCUUCCCUACGUGGUGCUGACUAUAUUUCUGAUUAGAGGGUUGACCCUGAAGGGCUCUUUGGAUGGACUGAAGUUUCUCUUCACGCCAGAUUUAGCAGAGCUGGCAAAGCCGACCACAUGGCUGGAUGCAGGAGCUCAAGUCUUCUACUCCUUCUCUCUGGCUUUUGGAGGCCUGAUUUCCUUCUCCAGCUACAACUCAGUGCACAACAACUGUGAGCAGGAUGCAGUGAUCAUCUCCAUCAUCAAUGGUCUCACCUCCGUCUAUGCUGCGACCGUCAUCUACACCAUUAUCGGCUUCAGAGCAACAGAAAGAUUCGACAACUGUCUUUCUGGAAACAUCAUGGCUUUACUGAAUGCAUUUGAGCUUCCUGACGGCCACAUCACCGACAGCAACUAUGAUCAGGUUUUCCAGCAGCUCAAUGAAACAAACCAUCAACUUAUUCAACAGCUGGAUCUGAAGAGCUGCGACCUCAAUACUUUUCUCAGUGAGGGAGUUGAAGGAACUGGUUUAGCCUUCAUCGUGUUCACUGAAGCUAUCACCAAGAUGCCCGUGUCUCCGGUGUGGUCCGUCCUCUUCUUCAUCAUGCUCUUCUGCCUCGGCCUGUCCUCUAUGUUCGGGAACAUUGAGGGAGUUGUAGUUCCACUGCAAGACCUCAACGUUUUCCCUAAGUCAUGGCCAAAAGAGGCCAUCACUGGUGUAACGUGCUUUUUCUGCUGUCUGGUGGGUCUGAUAUUUAUCCAAGGCUCAGGGAACUAUUGGCUUUCACUCUUUGACACCUAUGGAGGAUCCAUCCCUCUGCUGGUGGUUGCAUUCUGUGAGAUGUUCUCAGUGGUCUACAUAUACGGGAUAGACAGGUUCAAUGACGACAUUAAGUUCAUGAUUGGACACAAACCCAACAUCUUCUGGCAGGCAACAUGGAGAGUCAUCAGCCCGCUCAUCAUGUGCUUCAUCUUGAUCUUUUACUUCAUCACUAAAGUUUCUGAAAAGAUCUUUUACAAAGCCUGGGAUCCUGAAUCGGAUAAUUUCCCUACGCUGGAGGAGAAGCCUUAUCCAGCAUGGAUCAAUGUGAUCAUCUUUAUAUUAGCAGGGAUACCGAGUCUGGCUGUGCCUUUAGUUUGUAUCUGGAAAUGUAUAAUGGCAAAGAGGAAGGACAAGUCACACCGUGAUCAUAACUCUGACCACAUUCAAAUGGACAACGAGAGUAAAAAGUCCAUAGCCUAAUACUAAUCUAAUAAAAUCUUUGUUUUUCAAGAACAUUCAUCAUUUACACUACCGGUCAAAAGUUUUAGAACACCCCAAUUUUUCCAGUUUUUUAUUGAAAUUCAAGCAGUUCAAGUCAAAUGAACAGCUUGAAAGGGUCCAAAGGUAAGUGGUGAACUGCCAGAGGUAAAUAAAAAAAGGUAAGCUUAACCAA